AGGCUACCCGAGGCUGCGCGGCGCUCAUCGUCGGCGAUCAUCGGCGACUCGCGAUCGCGAAAACGUUCCGCGCGCGGCCCGUAUCUCCCGUAUUGUAUCGCAUUGUAUCAUAUCGUACGUACGUACGUACGUACGCGCGGGUAUGAGCGUUUAAUCGCCCGCGUGUGGCGCCAGUGAGAGCAAGCACGAGGGCCACGAGGGAGCUGAGCUGAGCGCGAGAGAAAGAGAGGAGGAAGAUGUCGAAAACCGCUGACAGACACAGCUAUGCGCAGACCUACAAGCUCGUCGUCGUGGGUGGGGGCGGUGUCGGAAAAUCGGCGAUCACGAUACAAUUCAUCCAAAGCUACUUCGUGACCGAUUAUGAUCCAACGAUUGAGGAUUCUUAUACGAAGCAAUGCGUCAUCGACGAUGUGCCAGCCAAACUUGACAUAUUGGACACUGCCGGCCAAGAGGAAUUUAGCGCGAUGCGCGAACAAUACAUGAGAAGUGGCGAAGGAUUUCUUCUCGUAUUUUCCGUUACCGAUCACUCGUCCUUCGAUGAGAUAUUAAAAUUUCACAGGCAGAUACUUCGGGUAAAGGAUCGAGAUGAAUUUCCUAUGCUAAUGGUUGGAAAUAAAGCGGAUUUGGACCACCAAAGGAGUGUAUCAAUUGAAGAGGCACAAAAUAUGGCGCGCCAAUUAAAAAUUCCAUACAUUGAGUGCAGCGCUAAGCUACGGAUGAACGUUGAUCAAGCUUUCCAUGAACUGGUACGAAUCGUCAGAAAGUUUCAACUCUCGGAGCGGCCACCAUUGAAACCAAAUUACAAAAAGAAUAAGAAGAAGUGUUCCGUGCUGUAAUAACAAAACUAUUUAUCCUGAUAGACGAUUUAUCCCACACUAAUCGGACCAUAUUUUUGAUGGUGAGUUUUCAGGGAGACAAAAAGAAAAAGAUUAUGAUACAUCCAAAAUGGCAAGGAUCUGAUUUUUUAAAGAGAUCUGAUUUUUCAUGAUACAGUUUAUGGCGAAAUAAUUUUGCACUCUGUGCAAUAAAAUGUUUUUUAUUCGUAUUUAGGAUUGACGACAGUAAAAAUUUCAAUAUUAAUUAUAAAAUAAAAUGCCAAUUUCGCGCCACGUUUACACUGAUGUUACUGCAUGUAUCUUUCUAAUUAUUGCGCUACAACUGUUACCGUUGACAUCCAACAUCGUUUCAUAGCGAUAAUAAUAUGAUUAAUUACAAUAUGACACAGCACAAUAACUUUUUUAAUUUUGUUUAAUUUAUAAAGUUUGAUGAAAAGUUUAAUGAAAAGUAACUUUUCUUCUAUUUAUAACGAGUCAAUUUUCGUUCUGCACAAUUAUUUGAAUAGCACAAUAGUCCAAUGAAAAAUAUAAAUAAACUAUUUUUGUAAUAAAUUUUACUAGGAAAAUAAUCUAUAAAUAAUAUUGUUGAAUAAAAAGUUUAACAUAGUUUACAGUUAUUAUUUGUAACGCAAUGUUAAAAUUAUACAUAGAUUAUAUGUUAAUAAGCCUACUGAUAUAAUUGGAUUUAAUAAUGGACACAGGAUCCAACGAUUCAGUGUUCGUAGGUUUGUUUCUGCGUUAAUCGACCGGUAUAUUAAUGAUCUCGAUUGCAGCAAAACACAAUUCGCAAAUUAUGGCGAAUAGAAAAACGGGUUUUAUUUCAUAACGACACAAGUUCGUAUGACAAUAUAUACUUUGAACCAAUACUUUGAAAUAUAAUACAGGGAAUGUUUUGUAUGCACUAAGAAUGUCAUGAUAAUUAUUAUGAAAUAUAGAAUAUGCUUUUGCUCUUUAUCUUUUAUUUUAGAAAAAAAUAGUUAGAGAUAUUAAUUGAAACAGUUUAUUCGUACAUAUUCGAUAAAUAUAUGUACCGGCAAUAUAUAUCAUAUGUUGAUGUAUGUGACAUUUGAGAAAUGCAGAUAAGAGUUCAUAUAAAUAUUUUACAAUGAGACGAUUUAAAUACACUAUUCAACCACUUGUCGAAAAUACUCCUGCUAUUAUUAGCAUUCUAAUUCGUCUUCCUUUAGGUUGAGUCAUAAUUGCGAAAUCGCUAAGUCAAAAUAACGCAGUAAUAUUGCCAGACGAACAAGUUAUCAAAUGCAGAUAUAUCAUUUACAUUUGAGUUAUUUCUAUGAGAAUUGUUCGAAUUUUGUUAGAGCUAUAUUUACACAUAGCACUUAGUGGUUGAAAUUUUGUGCAAAUUACAAUAAUACCAUCAGAAUGGGGCCAAUAACAUUUUUAAUGCAGAUGAUCUUGUUAUUAACAAUUAAUAAUAUAUUAAUGCUAUAUACUCCACAAGUUCCGAUUAGCAUGCUGCGUUUAGAUCUUAAUUUUGAUGUUAAAACAAUUAAUGGUUUUUUAUAUUUACUUAUAUAUUCUUUUCUUAUAUUGAUAGUUAAACGUCUUCCAAUAGUUAUUUUUUAAAUGCAUGUAACUUUAUUUAAUGUUAUAUCUAUUUUAUAAAAACAAAACUAUAAUGUUUUCCGUAAUUUUAAAUAUUUUAAUCUUUUAUGAUACUUUGUUUGGAGGGGAAGAAAAAUGCAUGGAAAAAAUAAUAAAUUUUUAAAAUAAAUUUAAGAAAUGUUUUACUGCUUAUACUUUUUCUGCUAAAUAAAUUUAUUUUUAUCUCUUUCUAUUUAUCUCUUUCUGUUUAUUGAGUGCUAUUUGUAAUAUAAUGUGAUGUAGUGGUUCGUGGUUACAAACAUAUUUGUGGAGAGAUAUGGAAAUGUGUUCAGCUAAUUUCGGUUUCACCAAUAACGAAAAAUAUUUUUAGCUUCGACUUUUUAGAGCUCCACGUUUCACAAGAUUUAAUUCGUUGCUGGUGAUACCGAAAUGUACUAAUAAUGAUAUCUACUAAUAACAAUACUAGCUUUAAUAAUGUAGCUCUAAUAAUAUUAUAUAAUAUAUAUGUAAGCUUACAAAACAUUUUGACAGAAAAUUACAAAAUUAUGCGAUGAUAUAACACUAAUAAUUAAUACAAAUGUGUAUUUUACAAAACAUUAUUUGUAACAUUUACAAAACUCCAAAAAUCGAAUAAAAAAUUCCAUUUAUUUUUGUAACUGAAUAUAUAUUUAUAUAUUUGUAAAAAUAAUGUCUAUGGCGAACUGAUUUGUAGAUUCAAUCUAUGUUUGUCAACUUCUGUAAACCAAAUAAUAUGAAUAUAAAUAAUUGUUAUUAA